AUGCCGGAGGAUGAAAAUGAAAAUGAGAUGCCGGAGGAUGGCAGCUUUUUUGGAGAAGGCUUGAUUUCGAAUGAUGGGGCAACUGAGGGACAGGAACAAGAGGACGCGAAAGUUCGCAUCGAAACUAUGGAAUUUACUGGUGUUAAUGAUAUACGGAAUGUUGCACGCUUGAUGAAAACUUUGCGGCCUAUUCUGGAUAAAAUCUCAUAUUAUCAGUCGUUACCGGCGCAGCAACAGACAACACCUACCGGUUCGAUUGAGGAUAAUCCAGAGUAUCACCUUCUUACGGAAUCAAAUUCUCUUUCUACAUCCAUCGACAAUGAAAUCAUACUAGUACACAAGUUCCUCAGGGACCACUAUUCUACCAAAUUUCCCGAGCUGGAGACGUUGAUCACAAACCCUUUGGAUUAUGCAAAAACGGUCGCCAUACUGGGAAAUGGCCCUUUGAACGACAUAAAAUCGUUGGCGUCCUCAACCGAUAACUUGGUCGGAACGAAUCUGAGAUCUGUACUCGAUGGGCCCUUGCUCAUGGUUGUUGCGGUCGAAGGCACGACUAGUCGGGGAAAGGACCUUUCGGAUUCGGAACUUCAAACCGUUUUGGGAGCGUGUGAGAUGAUGUUGUCUCUUGACAAAGCUAAAUCUAUCCUCACGGAUUAUGUCCAGUCACGGAUGAAUAUCUUUGCACCCAAUUUAACUGCUCUUAUUGGAUCUCUCACAGCUGCGCAGCUCUUAAAUUAUGCCGGCGGUCUUACCGGCCUAGCCAAAAUGCCGGCGUGCAAUAUACCGCCAUUAGGAUCGAAGAAGCAGACGCAAGUCGGGUUUGCCACCAAUGUCGGGAUUAGACACCAGGGCUUCUUGUACAAUUCGCCAAUUAUCCAAGGUAUCCCAAACGAUUUGAAGCGCCAGGCUAUGCGUAUACUGUCAGCCAAACUAGUUUUGGCGGCGCGUGUUGAUAGGGUACAUAGCAGCCGCGAUGGCUCAACCGGCGAAGAGCUAAGGCAAUCCUGUUUAGAGCGCCUAGAGAAAUUGACAGAGCCACCUCCCAAUAAAGGACCGCGAGCUCUUCCUGCUCCCGACGACAAACCUUCUAGAAAGCGCGGCGGACGCAGAGCACGGAAAGCAAAAGAAGCUACUGCAAUGACCGAUUUGCGGAAGGCCCAAAAUCGCCUAGCGUUUGGCAAAGAAGAAAAGGAAGUUGGCUAUGGCACUGGCGAAGGUACCAAAGGCCUCGGUAUGCUUGGCCAAGAGAACUUGGGACGGAUUCGUGCUGCUCAAAUUGACCAAAGAACCAAGGCCAAAUUGAGUAAAUCAAAUAAAGGGUGGGGUGCUACAUCGACCGUAGGCGGAACCGCAUCAUCGCUACGCGCCUUCGGCCAUGGGGCUGGUAAUGCAUCUGUAUUACGCGCUCAAGGACUCCGAACUGGUGGAGUCGGACCGUCCGUCGGGUCGGGAACGGCGAGUACAAUUGCGUUCACUCCAGUACAGGGCUUAGAACUGGUAGAUCCAAAAACGCAGGCGGAGCUGAGCAGAAAGCGAAAAGCGGAAGAAGAUAGAUGGUUCAAAAGCGGGACUUUCACUCAAAUUGGAAACCAGGCAUCAGAAAACGGGGGUUUCAAAGUCCCACCGUUACCACCGCGUAAAAAGGCGACCACUGACAACGGCAAAACGACUGCACCGCCGCCACUCCCAUGA